AUGACAUUGAAGUCAUUAUUUAACUUUAUUAAUCGAUCAUCAAUUAGAUUGUCACGUUUUAAUGAUAUUCAAACAUUAUUAAAUCAUCCACAAUUAAAAUUAAUUCAACCCGGUGAUACACGAUGGUUAUCAUAUUUUCGUUGUAUUAAUGCUAUUAUUCAUUGUUAUGCAGCAUUAAUGAUAACAUUAGAACAUAUAGCUAAUGAAAGAGGCGAAGAAAGUCCAAAUGCAUCUGGUUUACUUUCAAUUUUAAAAGAUCAAUCAACAGCAUUCAUAUUGCAUAUUUCAGAACCAAUUCUUGAAACAGUUUCAAUAUUAUCGAAGUCCAUACAAACAAAAAAUGGUGAUUUUAAUCAACUCGAACAGUCAUUGCUUGGAACAUUAUUACGAUUAGAAGAAUUGAAAGAUAUCAAUAUUACUGAAUAUAAACAAAUAUUUGAAACUGUUGAUAAAAUAAAUACAUCAUCAUAUAAUAAUCAUAAUCGUAAUCGUAUAACUCGUUCAACAACAAAUGAAAUUAAUUUAGAACAACUAUUUAAUGAUAAAAUAGUCAAAUUUAUUGAUAAAAUUAUAUCAAACAUAAGCGCUCGAUUUAAAUCAAACGUAUUAAAAUUACUCAAUUGUUUUCGUAUAUUUGAUGUAUCGGAAGUAACUAAUGAAUCAGAAUAUGGUAUACAGGAGAUUAAUACGAUUAAACAACAAUAUCCUAUUGAUUUUAAUGAUGACUUACUGACUGAAUGGAAAGUAUUUCGCAAAUAUUUAUUUGCACAAAAACAACAAACAUCUUCAAAUUUAACACAACGACAACAGUGUAUCAAUUUAGUUAAAAAAGGAAUGAUACGAACCAUGUACCCACAAUUAUCACUAGCUGCUGAAAUAUUUUUAUGUGCACCAAUUAGUACAGCAACCGUGGAGCGUGAUUUUAGUACAAUGAAUAGAAUAUUAAAUGGUUUACGAAAUCACUUAACAGCAGAACAUUUGGAACAACCAAUGAGAAUAUCAAUAAAAGGACCAGCUGAUUUAGGUAAUGAUAUAAAAAAUUUAAUUAUUGAUUGUUGGAAAAGUAAAAAAUUACGAAAAAUUUCGGUUUAA